GUCCUGCCAGCGGCUACCUGAGGGAUAUAAGCUUCCCCCCGGCCCCCUCAGGCACAGGUGUAGUGCAGGGUGGUGUGUCCCUGUGCUUUGCUGCCAAGGCUGGAGCUAAUUCUUCUGCUUUUCCUUCUUCUUUUCUUUCUUUUCUUACUCAGACCGAAAUAGUUUUGGUGUUCCGGGUCAAGUUUUUGCGUUUUCUGUUCUUUGUGGCUUUGGCGUAGGGCAGUAUCACCAUUUUCCUGCUACUUGGGUCCCAUGGUUGAUGCAUGUGGUAGACGUAGCAACCUUUAGUGUUGUUACAUGUAGCUAUUAUAUAAAUUUUAGCAUAAAUUUAAGCCAGAAGAGAAUCCCCUACUAAUCUACACUUUCCAUAACUCAGCUGUGCUGUGUUUAGCCCAGAAAUUAAGCGACAUUGACCAAAUACGGGGGCAUUUAUUUGCUGCUAUAAACUGCAUGCUUGUCAACAUCUCUUUGAGAACGUUUUUCUUUUCAGAGCCAAAUACUAAUUCACGAGCUACUAAAGAUACUUAACCAUUUUUGUGUCGAAACGUGCUAUGUUUGCGGUAACAAAUUUGGUGGCACUCAUUAGGAUGAAGCCUGGGGAUGUAUCUAUGCAUUUCGUCAAUGCUUGGUCAGCUUAUAGCUCAGCACCAGGAGCAAUUAUCACUACUGCCAUUAAAUGCCUAAGGAACGAACCCAGACGGUAUCACAGCAAUGUUUCUGGUGUUUUUUUUUUUUUUUUUUUUUUUUCAGGUACCUUUGGGCUUCUUACAAAGACCAGCUAUGGAGAAGUGGAGCUUAAUGACAAUUACUGUUUUACUGGCCCUUACCGAACGCUGGACUGUGUCGCUUAGUUCUUACUCAGGUGCAGGAAAACCACCUAUGUACGGGGACUAUGAAGCCCAGAGACACUGGCAAGAAGUUACUUACAACGUACCCAUCAGACAGUGGUACUUCAAUACAAGUGACAACAACCUCCUGUACUGGGGCCUUGAUUAUCCACCUCUUACUGCCUACCACAGCUUUUUGUGUGCUUACAUUGCAAAGUUAAUAAAUCCUGAUUGGAUUGCUCUCCACGCUUCUCGGGGGUAUGAGAGUCAGCCGCAUAAGUUAUUUAUGCGCACAACAGUGUUGGUUGCUGAUUUGCUGAUUUAUAUUCCGGCAGUUAUUUUAUAUUGUUGUUCCUUAAAGGAAACAUCUACUAAAAAGCAGGUUUCCACCGCUCUCUGUAUACUGCUUUAUCCAGGUGUCAUUCUUAUUGACCAUGGACACUUCCAAUACAACUCAGUGAGCCUUGGCUUUGCCUUGUGGGGUGUACUUUGCUUGUCUUAUGACUGGGACCUUUUGGGGUCAGUGGCGUUUUGCUUGGCCUUAAAUUAUAAGCAAAUGGAACUCUACCAUUCUCUGCCCUUUUUUUGCUAUUUACUUGGAAAAUGCUUCAAGAAGGGACUGAAAGGAAAGGGGUUGGUAUUGUUAACUAAAAUAGCAGGGACAGUGGUGGUCUCCUUUGCUGCGUGCUGGCUCCCGUUCUGUACCGACGUGGAACAAAUGAUGCAAGUACUCAGAAGACUCUUCCCCAUUGACCGAGGCUUGUUUGAGGAUAAAGUGGCCAAUAUUUGGUGCAGUCUAAGUGUCCUUAUAAAGAUCAAGAACGUAGUAUCACCUCAAACUCAGCUCAAACUCAGUUUUGCUGUAACAUUCCUGAGCCUGCUUCCUACUUGUAUAAAACUAACUGUCCAGCCGUCUCUACGAGGAUUUAAAUUAGCUUUGGUUAGUUGUGCGUUGUCAUUUUUCCUGUUCUCCUUUCAAGUACAUGAAAAAUCUAUUCUUCUAGUGGCAGUACCGGUCUGCUUAAUUCUAAAUGAAAUCCCUUUUAUGGCCACGUGGUUCUUACUUGUAUCAACCUUCAGCAUGUUGCCUCUUCUUCUGAAAGACGGGCUGAUGUUGGCCUACACUGUGACCACGCUGGCGUUCCUCUUGGCCUGUGUGGCUUCCUUCUCAAUAUUUGAAAAGACCUCAGCAGAGGACCUGCAGCUGAAGCCGUUCUCCCUUUUCCUGAAGAGAUACGUUUCGUGGUUUAAGUCAUUUCCCAGGAUUGUCAGGAGCCUGUUCCUGCUUUCUGUAACCCUGAUGGGUGUCCUGUCUCUGACGAGUGCUACAGUGCGUCCUCCACAGAGGCUGCCGGAUUUAUUCCCCGUAUCAGUGUCCAGUAUCUCUUGCUUACACUUUUUAUUCUUUUUGGCGUAUUUUAAUAUUAUUAUACUAUGGGACUCAAAGAAUAGUAGGAGUCACAAGAAAGUCAGUUAAUCUGUGAUGAUCAAGGAUUAAACUGACAGGACAGUAUUUUUGGUGAACACUGUCUGGCCUUGCAGGUGAACUUGUUUGUGAUGUAAUGCAAUUCCGGUGGUCUAAAGAAAAUCAGAAAAUGCAUUGAACAUUUUGUGUUUAAAUAUGUGUAAAGUCUGUUUUAAAGGUGAAGUACUUUGAAGAAGUAUUUUUACUUGGAAAUCUAAGUUGGUGCGUCUUCUUCAGAAUUGUAAUACUUGUUGCCAUUUGUAAGCCUCAAAUACCCAAUAAAGGACCAAAUUUUGAAUUAAUGCUAAAA